AUGGAUUCCCAACAGUUCCGCGAGUUCGGUAAGCUCGCCAUCGACUUCGUCGCAGACUUUUACGACUCGGUACGCGAGAGAGACGUCCUGCCCUCAGUGGAACCGGGAUACCUGUCUCGCAUCCUGCCCGAGGAGGCGCCGGAGGAACCGCAAGACUGGAAAAAGGUUUUCGAAGACUUCAAAGAGAAAAUCUUACCUGGUGUCACGGCCUGGCACUCGCCGCAGUUCCACGGGUAUUUCCCCUGUGGUACCUCGUUUCCCAGUAUCGUCGCCAGUCUUCUGACGGACGGGCUGGGCAUGGUGGGCGUCACGUGGAUAGCGAGCCCCGUCUGCACCGAGUUAGAGGUUGUCACUUUGAACUGGUUAGGCAAGCUUCUGGGCCUCCCCGAGGAGUUCCUGAACUGCUCCCCCGGUCCCGGUGGCGGGGUCAUCCAGGGUUCCGCCAGCGAAGCGGUCCUCGUCUGCUUGUUAGCCGCUAAAGACAAAACUAUUCGAAGGCUGAAAGCUUUAAACGAGGACUUGGACGAGGAUCAAACUAAAAUAAAAUUAGUCGCGUACACCUCCGAUCAGUGCAACUCGGCUAUCGAAAAGUCGGGCGUUCUCGGCUCAAUGAAAAUGAGACUCUUGAAAGCCGACCAUCUCGGUAGACUUCGCGCGCAGACUUUGACAGAGGCGUUCGAAGAGGACAAAAGAAAAGGGCUCAUACCGUGUUACGUGGUCGCCACCCUGGGGACGACGGGACUCUGCGCCUUCGACCCCCUGGAAGAGUUGGGGCCGAUUUGUGAAACUGAAAAUGUGUGGUUGCACGUCGACGCAGCUUACGCCGGCGCGGCCUUCCUCUGCCCCGAAUAUCGCUACUUGAUGGAAGGCAUAAGCUACGCAGACUCCUUCAGUUUCAACGCUCACAAGUGGCUGUUGGUCAACCUCGCCUGCUCACCGAUGUGGGUGAAGGAUAGUCUAGAUCUAAUCAAAGCGUUCGACGUGCAAAGGAUAUACUUGAACGACAUCAAUUUAAAGGUGAAGAUUCCAGACUAUCGUCACUGGCAGCUGCCGCUCGGGAGACGGUUUCGCGCCCUGAAACUGUGGAUGGUUAUGAAAACGUACGGCGCGUCAGGGCUGAAGAAACACAUCAGAAAUCAAGUGAAUCUCGCCCAGUACUUUGCCAAGUUGGUUCGUUCAGACGAGAGGUUCCUAGUGGACCCGGAGCCAUCUAUGGGCUUAGUCUGCAUCAGGCUCGUGGGAGGAGACGAGCUCACGAGAACUCUGCUCAAUAACCUACUGGAGAAGAAGAAAUUGUUCAUGGUGGCGGCGUUCUCGAAAGGCCGGUUGAUCAUACGUAUCGUAAUAGGUUCCCAGUUCACGACGCAUUCUGAUGUGGAGGUCACUUGGAAGUUGAUUCGGGACGAAGCCGAUAACAUUGGCGCUUAG